GGUGCUGAAACAGGCUAGCAAUAGGUGCUGGAUGGUGCUCUUGGCUUUGUUUUGCUUAUGUACUUGUCCAAGGUAUUCAUAGCUUAAGAAAAUUCUUACAAUUGCUGUGCAAGAUUGAGAGAGCAAUAAAUUGUGGCUGUGAAUUCUAGUAGAAGACUGAUAAAUCUGCCAGCGUUUAUCCACACGUAGAAGAUGGGUGGAUUAAUUUCAAGGUGGAGGCAGGCAAAGCCUUCCACUGUAGAAGUAUUAGAAAAAAUUGAUAAGGAAAUACAGACAUUAGAAGAAUUUAGAGAGAAAAAUCAGAGACUUCAGAAACUAUGGGUUGGAAGGCUGCUUCUCUACUCUUCACUUCUUUAUCUUAUCACCUGUCUAAUUGUGUAUUUGUGGUGUCUUCCUGAUGAAUGGACAGCAAGGUUGAUUAUGACACUUCCAUUUUUUGCAUUUCCAUUGAUAAUCUGGUUUAUAAGAACACUCCUCAUUUUUUUCUUUUCCAAAAGGACAGAAAGGAAUAAUGAUGCAUUGGAAGAUUUAAAAUCUCAAAAGAAAAAAAUACUAGAAGAAGUAAUGGAGAAGGAAACUUACAAGACUGCGAAAUUAAUUCUUGAAAGGUUUGAUCCGGAAUCAAAUGCAAAGGAGGCUGAACUCCCAUCUGCUGGAACGUCUGCAACCCCCAGACCUGGACAAGAAAUUCGCCAGAGGACCACAGCUCAAAGAAAUGCUUCUACACCCACUCCAACUCCUAAACAAGGCUCUCCAAAAUCACCGGUUCCAGUAACAGCAUCUCCUAACCUGCAAAGAGACCCAUCAGCUCUGAGCGGACCCCCAGAAAGAACUGUUGUGCCAUCCUUGCAGUCAAAUAUCUUACCAAGGCGCCCUGGAUCCCCUGCUACUUCAAUGUCUGGAAUGGGUCUUCAUCCUCCAGGCCCACCUUUAGCAAGACCUAUUCUUCCUCGAGAAAGGGGAGUUGUGGAUAGAGUUAUUGAAUAUUUGGUUGGUGAUGGUCCUCAGAACAGGUAUGCGCUAAUAUGUCAGCAAUGUUUUUCUCACAAUGGUAUGGCUUUGAAGGAGGAGUUUGAAUACAUAGCUUUUAGGUGUGCCUACUGCUUUUUCCUGAAUCCCGCAAGAAAAACUAGACCACAGGCUCCACGGCUUCCAGACUUCAGUUUUGAAAAAAGGCAACCUGCAGAACUGAAAUCUGAAACUGAGUCUUUAGAUACGAGAGAGAGAAAGCUACAGGAGAAGGAACAGACAGAAGAAUCUGAAGAAGAAACUGCUCAAAUCAUUGAGACAAAGCAGAUAGAUAACCAAGCCCCAAGUCCUGAGCAGCUAAAUGAUAAGUUAGCUGAAGAAGCUGAAAAAGAGGAAGCAGAAAAUGAAAUGGAGUUUUCAGCUGUUGAAACAGAUUCUGCUCUUUCAGCUGAACAGAGUGAAGAAUCCUUAAUGAAAGCAGAAUAAAAUACUUCAAGUGCCUUCUGUAGCUAGUUCUUUUAGCUUUGUUCAUGCCUGUUGUUACUAUUCAGGUGAGCGUUUUUAAUGGUACCACUCAAAUGUUGCUUGAGCUUGAACUGCCUCACUGCCACAGUAUGUCAAAGCUAUGUGUAAAAAGUAUUGUAAAUUAAGCAUGUCUUUAAAUGAGUUAACACACAGCAGAAUGUAUAGUCGUUUCAAGUCUAACAGUUGUAGCCAUUGUUCAAUUUUGCAUACUUAAACUAAAAAGUACAAGUUUAAUUAGGGGUGACCUAUAAUUUGAUAUCCCUCUAGCUGUCAAACAAAGAACGAUUAUUGGCAGCAACUGACCUAGUUUGGUCUAGUGAACUUAAGAUAUUUUUUAAUGUUUUCCUUGCUAAAAUGGAUUGACUACAUUUUAAAUACACAGAUGUUUACAAGCUGAAGUGUCAUCUGACAUUUGACUUAAGCAUAUGGAAAAUGUCAUUACAUUGCUGUCAAUGUUAUUCAUUGUCUAACUUCUUGACAGAAUUCAGUUAAGUGGCACUCCGAUAAAUGGUAUUUCCUUUGGUGGUAUUUGCAUUGCAGAUGAACCAGAGACACACAUACAAAACUGUUUUUGUGUUUACAUAAAAUAUAGGAAGUCUCUGCACUUGAUUGUACUUGAAUACAAAGCACUAUUUAUACCUGUACAAUAAUGACAAGAUAAGUGAAUUUUGUGCCUUUGUGUAUUUUGUUAAAGGAAAAUAAAGACAUCUAGCAGCAAUAUUUGCUUUGUGAUUCCUAGAGCUUCAGAGAACUUCUAAUUUGCUGUAUGCAACUAUGCUACAGUUGCUUUGAGGAAAUUAAGAAUGCGAUGGCUUGCAAAGAGCAUAUAUAUAUGUAUAUAUAUAAGUUAAGAUGGCUUUAGCAAAACUGAAAUAGAUUGUUCAUCAAUAGGGGAGUAUACAUGCAGUUAUCAAAAUAUUUUUCCAACUGUGCCUAAAACCUAAUUCUGUUUUUGGAUAACAUUACAAUGAAUACAUGCUGUUGGAUUACUGCACCUAUACUUUUUAAUCAUAUAAAUGUUUAAAGCUAAGCACACUUAUGCAAGUUCAGAUAAAUAUAACAGUUGAACCUGGACCAGAAGUCUUCUGGUGACUGAAGUGAGGCACCUAAAUAAAUCAAACUGAUUUUUUUUCAUAUAGCUGCUGACUGUUUGUAGCUCAAUUUACUUACUAGCAGUUGUGAUAAAGCCUUUAUCAUGUCUAUAAUGCCUUCCAUGCACUUCACUCUAUGGAGGGAGAGGAAGACUUCUAAACACACUUUUGAAAAACUGGUUUUACAAUAUAAAGGCAGCAAAACCUUAGUAAUGCAAAUGCCCUCUGCAAGUAGUAUGUUUCUAAAUACGACCUCAGAUUGCAUAUCUGAAUGAGACGCAAGUUCUUACUGGAACAGCAGUAAUUAGUUUCUCUUUUCCAAUAUGUGCUUUAUUUUCUGGUUCUUUUGGGUUAAUUUAAAAGCUUAGGCCUCAGGCUCAAGUUUAGGAGAAGGCCUGUAUUUAGAUAAAGAAAAAAAGGAUUUUUUGUUUUUGUUCACUAGUUAAAUUGCAAUUCAUAUUUUAAUUAGUAGUCUUAAUAGACAAAGUGCAGGCAAAUGAUUAAAAGAGUACUUGUAGAUGUUUAGUUGUGUGAUAUACGGAAGAAUUAGUAAAAACAGGUAACAAUCUCACG